AUGAGCAUGCAAUAUAUCGAUGAAGCAGCAUCCGUACAAGCUGAGCAGGGUAGAACUAAUUUAAUGUUCCCUGAUGAAAAGCAACAAGCUCGUUUUGAACUUGGCGUUUCCAUGAUGAUUUACAAGUGGGAUGCUUUGGAUGUUGCCGUGGAAAACAACUGGGGCGGUCCAGAUUCUACUGAAAAGAGGGAUUGGAUUACGGGUGUUAUCGUAGAUCUCUUCAAAAGCGAAAAAGUGGUUGACGUUACUUUAAUCGAAGAAACGUUGCUUUAUGCAAUGGUUGAUGAAUUUGAGACGAACGUUGAAGACGACUCAGCUUUGCCCAUUGCUAUGGAGAUUAUUAACAUAUACAACGACUGUUUCAACUUAAAUUACAAUAAGGUGGAAAAAUUGUACUUGGAUUGGGAGGAAAAGCAGAAGACAAGGAAAUCAAAGAGGGUUGUAAAUGUUGAGGGUGAUGAUGAUGAUGACGACGACGAUGAUGAUGAAGAUGAAUAUGAUGAUGAAGAUGAUGAUGAAGAAAUGGAUGAGCUUGUGCCUGACUUGGUGUCAAGUAAAGCGGAACCUGUUGUUGAUGACGAUGGUUUUGAAUUGGUUCAACCAAAGGGAAGAAGAAGACAUUAG